GCCAAUAAGAGGUAGACAUCAUUCAUAUUACCUCCUUAGAAGGCCUUUGCAGGAAAAGGUUUCCCUGACCCUUUGCAGGAGGUGGCUCUUGCUAAUUUCCAUCUGAUAAGCACCCAAAACCACUACAAUCCUGUGGAGGAACAAAUAGGUGAAUCAAUAUCAAAUACAAAUGCCAAUAUUAUCUUAUCCUAUGUUGAUCCUACAACCGAAAAGAAAAGAUGAGUGCCCUUUCCGCGUGGUCUCAAGAGCAGAAACAGAGUCGUUCCUGGUCGUCCGGCUUGCCAAAUACCGCGGAUCUUGAAGUUGGCCGGUCAUGGGCCUCACAGGGAGCGACAGGAAUGUUUAGCAGUGUACGAGACACCUUCGUAUCAACGGCACACGAUUAUACACCGGUUGCGGUGUCAGGUACUUCUUCUUGAGAUUUUUACACAUGUGGCCCACAACAAGUGCUUCACACCGCAAAGGGAAAUUUCUGUCGAUCCGGUGCUUGAAGUACAGGGCUGAGGCAGGAACUAUUCUAAUUCUAAAAAUUCUAAGAUGUGCAUGUGGCCUACAACUACAGGUUCAUUUUCAACAAAAAAUCAACAAAUUUACUCAGGCGCCUUCGAAUCGACGACAUCAUCGAUUCGGAAUUCCAAAAAUUCAACAAAUAUACUCAGGCGCCUUCGAAUCGACGACAUCAUCGAUUCGGAAUUCCAUAGAAACCGUCACUCCUCCAUCUGCAGAGAGACUGCAAUGGUUUGCCAUAUUUUUAGGGGUUGGCGUCCUUCUCCUGUUUCUCUCCUUCGCCUUUCUGCCAAUGGUGGUUCUCAAUCCUAGAAAAUUCGCGCUACUGUUCACAGGAGGAAUGACAAGUAUCGUGGCAUCGACGGUCUCGUUGAGGGGCAUGGUAUCACGUCUUCUUGUACUUACUUGUUCUAAAAACAAUUGAUUUCAACAUCGUCCUCGGCUACAACCUGAUGUACUACGUAGGUUCUACUCUGAAGAAAUGCUUGGAGUUCCAGCCAGCACCACUAGAAGUAAUAAGUACUUAAGUUUUAACAACUGCAAGGAGAAGAAAUUUCCCCACUAUCCAGGCGCCGCUAUUUUCUUUCGUGAGUGCAAAAGAACGACUGCCUUUUGCGAUUGCUUACGCAUUCGCCUACUUUGGAACUCUUUAUGCCAGUCUUGUGAUGCGCAGUUAUUUCCUCACUAUUGUUUGCAUCGUCGCAGAAGUCGUCUCGAUGCUGUAUCUGGUGCUUUCCUACGUCCCCGGCGGAGCUAGAUUCUUGAACUUCGUAUUCGCGACGGCGCUCAGUUUUUGUCGGGUGUGCUUGUCUCGAUGCAUGAAAAUGAGUUCUUCUGGAGAGGAAGCAUCUUCAGGCUCAGGAGGUCGUGGUGGGAUUCUUGGACUCUAG